AGUAGGAAGUGGUGAUGCCUGGAGGAGAAAUGGCGGCUCUCGCUCCGCUGCCGCCGCUGCCCCCGCAGUUUAAGAACAUCCAGCAUCAUCUGAGGACGGCCCAGGAGCAUGACAAGCGGGACCCUGUGGUCGCCUAUUACUGCCGUUUAUAUGCUAUGCAAACUGGAAUGAAGAUUGAUAGUAAGACUCCCGAGUGUCGCAAAUUUUUAUCAAAACUGAUGGAUCAGUUAGAAGCUCUUAAGAAACAGUUGGGAGAUAAUGAAGCUAUUACUCAAGAAAUAGUUGGUUGUGCCCAUUUGGAGAAUUAUGCUUUGAAAAUGUUUUUGUAUGCAGAUAAUGAAGAUCGUGCUGGGCAUUUUCACAAAAACAUGAUCAAGUCCUUCUAUACUGCAAGUCUUUUAAUAGAUGUCAUAACAGUGUUUGGAGAGCUCACUGAUGAAAAUGUGAAGCACAGAAAAUAUGCAAGGUGGAAGGCUACAUAUAUCCAUAAUUGUUUAAAGAAUGGAGAAACUCCUCAAGCAGGGCCUGUUGGACUUGACGAAGAUAAUGAUGUUGAAGAAAAUGAAGAUGUUGGGGCCACCUCUCUGCCCACUCAGCCUCCCCAGUCAUCGGCUACAGCUUACGACCCAGGCAGCAGCUACACUGGAAUCCAGAUUCCACCUGGCGCACACGCUCCUGCCAACACACCAGCAGAAGUGCCACAUAGCACAGGUGUAGCAAGUAAUACCAUCCAACCUACUCCACAGACUAUUCCUGCCAUCGAUCCUGCAAUUUUCAACACAUUUUCCCAGGGGGAUAUUCAUCUAACACCAGAAGACUUUGCUAGAGCUCAAAAAUAUUGCAAAUACGCUGGCAGUGCUUUGCAGUAUGAAGAUGUAAGCACUGCAGUACAGAAUCUACAGAAGGCCCUCAAGUUACUGACGACGGGCAGAGAAUGAAGGCUUUGUGCCACAGCUCCGCACAUGUUUAAAGAACUAACAGUCCGUUACUCCAUCUUCAGCCUGUCAAGAGCACAGUUUGAAAAGACUUCAGCUUCACUGAAUACAAUGAAAUCUGUGUCCGGGUAUCAGAUUCCUAUUGAAGCUUUCAGCUGCCGCAGCUAGUUUUCAUUGUCCACUUACUGGAUCCAGUAAUUUCUGGGUAUAUAGGGCUGAUGUUGGCAAGAUUCUAAAAAUGUACAGUGAACUUUGCUUUAAAAAAUGAAACACACUUCUAUGAAAUGUCUUGGGAAUAUGCUUCAUAUCUUCAUUUUCAUUUAAGAAAUGUAUUACUUUUAAUAUGGACAAAACACCAUAUACCUUCAUUAUAAACUCCCGAACUUAAACUUUAAUAAAGUUCUCCAAAAUAGUAUAGAUUAGAAAUCAGUUUUGUUUUCUUCAGGAUUUAUUCUAAUAGUGAACAUAAUAAAAUGUUAACAAUCUGAAAGAAAUGAUGUUCAGAAUUAAAUUUGAGUUAACUUUAUUACAAGUUUAAAUUUUCUUUGAAAGCUGAGGUAAAGAGAAAGGAAGUACAUUUAUACCUAAUAAUAAUGUUGGCUACCCAUUGAAAUUGAGUGUGAAUUGAUAUAUGAGUGUCAGCAAUUAUACUGCAUAUAUUGGAAAAGGAAAAAAAAUGACAUUUUUGUAAUGCCUGGAAACUUGGUGCUUUGAGUUAAGGUUCUCUGCUGCUGUGGAAUGGACUCCAUAGAGUGUAAAGCAAUGCGUGAGUGAUGCAGAUAAUUAUGAGAAUUAAAAUCUCAAUUAUUAAAUAUGUGUUUGGGGGAAAUUAUGGGCAUACAAUGUCACCUGCAUUUGUGCUGUGUUGAAAAAAUAAAAGGAAAGAAUUCUUUUCACUAUUCCUACUUA